AUGCAACUAACGUGUCGAUUUUUUAAAAGUCGUUUACCUGAAACUGAUGAUUUAGUUAUGGCUAACGUUGUUAAUAUCGAAGAAAUGGGUGUUUAUGUUCAUUUACUUGAAUAUAAUAAUAUCGAAGGUAUGAUUCUACUAACUGAAUUAUCUCGUCGACGAAUUCGUUCAAUCAAUAAACUUAUCCGUGUUGGUCGCAACGAAGUUGUUGUUGUUGUUCGUGUCGAUCGUGACAAAGGUUAUAUUGAUUUAUCUAAACGUCGAGUCUCACCAGAAGAUGUUAGUAAAUGUGAAGAAAAAUUUGUCCGUGGAAAAACCGUCAGUGGUAUUCUCCGUCAUACAGCUGAAGUAUUAGGAUUAAAGACAAAUGAAGAAUUUGAAGAAUUAUAUGAUAAAACAGCCUGGUAUUAUGAUGAAAAAUAUAAACGAGCCGGUGCAUCAUAUGAUGUAUUUGCAAGAGCUGUUAAUGAUGAAAAAGAACUUGAUGAUUGUAAAGUUGAUGACGAAACAAGAAAAAUUCUACUUAAUAAUAUUCGUCGUCGUUUAACUCCUCAAGCUGUUAAAUGUCGAGCUGAUGUUGAAGUAGCAUGUUAUGGUUAUGAAGGUGUAGAUGCAGUAAAAGACGCAUUAAGAGAAGGUCUCAAAGCAUCAACUGAAGAAAUGCCUGUUAAAAUUAAUUUAAUUGCUCCACCACUUUAUGUUGUUACAGCUACAUGUCUCGAUCGAAAUGAAGGUCUUGAAGCACUAAGAAAUGUUAUAGAAAAAAUAAAACAUGGUAUUGAACAGUAUCGUGGAAUAUUUAAAAUUAAAAUGGAACCCAAAGUUGUUACUGAUGUUGAUGAUGCAACACUCAAAGAAGCUAUGCAACAAGCUGAAGAUGAAAAUCGUGAAAGAUCGGGUGAUGAUGAUGAAGAUUCCGAUGAAGAUGAAGAGGGUGCAAUUAAAGGUAAACUACCAGGUGAAGAUGAUGAUGAAGCAACAGGAGCAGUUGCUGGAGCAUCCGCUGAAUCAAAAAGUACAUCAAAAACUAAUCCUAAAGCUGAUGAAGACGAUGAUGAUGACAAUGAUAAUGAUGAAGCCGAAGAUUAA